AUGGAUGGGUGGGGAACCUGGGCGCCCAGCUGCAUGCUCGGAGGGAGGGCAGGCACACUCCGCCUUGCUGCUACUGGUGUGGGAGGGCAGGCACACUCCGCCUUGCUGCUACUGGUGUGGGAGGGCAGGCACACUCCGCCUUGCUGCUACUGGUGUGGGAGGGCAGGCACACUCCGCCUUGCUGCUACUGGUGUGGGAGGGCAGGCACACUCCGCCUUGCUGCUACUGGUGUGGGAGGGCAGGCACACUCCGCCUUGCUGCUACUGGUGUGGGAGGGCAGGCACACUCCGCCUUGCUGCUACUGGUGUGGGAGGGCAGGCACACUCCGCCUUGCUGCUACUGGUGUGGGAGGGCAGGCACACUCCGCCUUGCUGCUACUGGUGUGGGAGGGCAGGCACACUCCGCCUUGCUGCUACUGGUGUGGGAGGGCAGGCACACUCCGCCUUGCUGCUACUGGUGUGGGAGGGCAGGCACACUCCGCCUUGCUGCUACUGGUGUGGGAGGGCAGGCACACUCCGCCUUGCUGCUACUGGUGUGGGAGGGCAGGCACACUCCGCCUUGCUGCUACUGGUGUGGGAGGGCAGGCACACUCCGCCUUGCUGCUACUGGUGUGGGAGGGCAGGCACACUCCGCCUUGCUGCUACUGGUGUGGGAGGGCAGGCACACUCCGCCUUGCUGCUACUGGUGUGGGAGGGCAGGCACACUCCGCCUUGCUGCUACUGGUGUGGGAGGGCAGGCACACUCCGCCUUGCUGCUACUGGUGUGGGAGGGCAGGCACACUCCGCCUUGCUGCUACUGGUGUGGGAGGGCAGGCACACUCCGCCUUGCUGCUACUGGUGUGGGAGGGCAGGCACACUCCGCCUUGCUGCUACUGGUGUGGGAGGGCAGGCACACUCCGCCUUGCUGCUACUGGUGUGGGAGGGCAGGCACACUCCGCCUUGCUGCUACUGGUGUGGGAGGGCAGGCACACUCCGCCUUGCUGCUACUGGUGUGGGAGGGCAGGCACACUCCGCCUUGCUGCUACUGGUGUGGGAGGGCAGGCACACUCCGCCUUGCUGCUACUGGUGUGGGAGGGCAGGCACACUCCGCCUUGCUGCUACUGGUGUGGGAGGGCAGGCACACUCCGCCUUGCUGCUACUGGUGUGGGAGGGCAGGCACACUCCGCCUUGCUGCUACUGGUGUGGGAGGGCAGGCACACUCCGCCUUGCUGCUACUGGUGUGGGAGGGCAGGCACACUCCGCCUUGCUGCUACUGGUGUGGGAGGGCAGGCACACUCCGCCUUGCUGCUACUGGUGUGGGAGGGCAGGCACACUCCGCCUUGCUGCUACUGGUGUGGGAGGGCAGGCACACUCCGCCUUGCUGCUACUGGUGUGGGAGGGCAGGCACACUCCGCCUUGCUGCUACUGGUGUGGGAGGGCAGGCACACUCCGCCUUGCUGCUACUGGUGUGGGAGGGCAGGCACACUCCGCCUUGCUGCUACUGGUGUGGGAGGGCAGGCACACUCCGCCUUGCUGCUACUGGUGUGGGAGGGCAGGCACACUCCGCCUUGCUGCUACUGGUGUGGGAGGGCAGGCACACUCCGCCUUGCUGCUACUGGUGUGGGAGGGCAGGCACACUCCGCCUUGCUGCUACUGGUGUGGGAGGGCAGGCACACUCCGCCUUGCUGCUACUGGUGUGGGAGGGCAGGCACACUCCGCCUUGCUGCUACUGGUGUGGGAGGGCAGGCACACUCCGCCUUGCUGCUACUGGUGUGGGAGGGCAGGCACACUCCGCCUUGCUGCUACUGGUGUGGGAGGGCAGGCACACUCCGCCUUGCUGCUACUGGUGUGGGAGGGCAGGCACACUCCGCCUUGCUGCUACUGGUGUGGGAGGGCAGGCACACUCCGCCUUGCUGCUACUGGUGUGGGAGGGCAGGCACACUCCGCCUUGCUGCUACUGGUGUGGGAGGGCAGGCACACUCCGCCUUGCUGCUACUGGUGUGGGAGGGCAGGCACACUCCGCCUUGCUGCUACUGGUGUGGGAGGGCAGGCACACUCCGCCUUGCUGCUACUGGUGUGGGAGGGCAGGCACACUCCGCCUUGCUGCUACUGGUGUGGGAGGGCAGGCACACUCCGCCUUGCUGCUACUGGUGUGGGAGGGCAGGCACACUCCGCCUUGCUGCUACUGGUGUGGGAGGGCAGGCACACUCCGCCUUGCUGCUACUGGUGUGGGAGGGCAGGCACACUCCGCCUUGCUGCUACUGGUGUGGGAGGGCAGGCACACUCCGCCUUGCUGCUACUGGUGUGGGAGGGCAGGCACACUCCGCCUUGCUGCUACUGGUGUGGGAGGGCAGGCACACUCCGCCUUGCUGCUACUGGUGUGGGAGGGCAGGCACACUCCGCCUUGCUGCUACUGGUGUGGGAGGGCAGGCACACUCCGCCUUGCUGCUACUGGUGUGGGAGGGCAGGCACACUCCGCCUUGCUGCUACUGGUGUGGGAGGGCAGGCACACUCCGCCUUGCUGCUACUGGUGUGGGAGGGCAGGCACACUCCGCCUUGCUGCUACUGGUGUGGGAGGGCAGGCACACUCCGCCUUGCUGCUACUGGUGUGGGAGGGCAGGCACACUCCGCCUUGCUGCUACUGGUGUGGGAGGGCAGGCACACUCCGCCUUGCUGCUACUGGUGUGGGAGGGCAGGCACACUCCGCCUUGCUGCUACUGGUGUGGGAGGGCAGGCACACUCCGCCUUGCUGCUACUGGUGUGGGAGGGCAGGCACACUCCGCCUUGCUGCUACUGGUGUGGGAGGGCAGGCACACUCCGCCUUGCUGCUACUGGUGUGGGAGGGCAGGCACACUCCGCCUUGCUGCUACUGGUGUGGGAGGGCAGGCACACUCCGCCUUGCUGCUACUGGUGUGGGAGGGCAGGCACACUCCGCCUUGCUGCUACUGGUGUGGGAGGGCAGGCACACUCCGCCUUGCUGCUACUGGUGUGGGAGGGCAGGCACACUCCGCCUUGCUGCUACUGGUGUGGGAGGGCAGGCACACUCCGCCUUGCUGCUACUGGUGUGGGAGGGCAGGCACACUCCGCCUUGCUGCUACUGGUGUGGGAGGGCAGGCACACUCCGCCUUGCUGCUACUGGUGUGGGAGGGCAGGCACACUCCGCCUUGCUGCUACUGGUGUGGGAGGGCAGGCACACUCCGCCUUGCUGCUACUGGUGUGGGAGGGCAGGCACACUCCGCCUUGCUGCUACUGGUGUGGGAGGGCAGGCACACUCCGCCUUGCUGCUACUGGUGUGGGAGGGCAGGCACACUCCGCCUUGCUGCUACUGGUGUGGGAGGGCAGGCACACUCCGCCUUGCUGCUACUGGUGUGGGAGGGCAGGCACACUCCGCCUUGCUGCUACUGGUGUGGGAGGGCAGGCACACUCCGCCUUGCUGCUACUGGUGUGGGAGGGCAGGCACACUCCGCCUUGCUGCUACUGGUGUGGGAGGGCAGGCACACUCCGCCUUGCUGCUACUGGUGUGGGAGGGCAGGCACACUCCGCCUUGCUGCUACUGGUGUGGGAGGGCAGGCACACUCCGCCUUGCUGCUACUGGUGUGGGAGGGCAGGCACACUCCGCCUUGCUGCUACUGGUGUGGGAGGGCAGGCACACUCCGCCUUGCUGCUACUGGUGUGGGAGGGCAGGCACACUCCGCCUUGCUGCUACUGGUGUGGGAGGGCAGGCACACUCCGCCUUGCUGCUACUGGUGUGGGAGGGCAGGCACACUCCGCCUUGCUGCUACUGGUGUGGGAGGGCAGGCACACUCCGCCUUGCUGCUACUGGUGUGGGAGGGCAGGCACACUCCGCCUUGCUGCUACUGGUGUGGGAGGGCAGGCACACUCCGCCUUGCUGCUACUGGUGUGGGAGGGCAGGCACACUCCGCCUUGCUGCUACUGGUGUGGGAGGGCAGGCACACUCCGCCUUGCUGCUACUGGUGUGGGAGGGCAGGCACACUCCGCCUUGCUGCUACUGGUGUGGGAGGGCAGGCACACUCCGCCUUGCUGCUACUGGUGUGGGAGGGCAGGCACACUCCGCCUUGCUGCUACUGGUGUGGGAGGGCAGGCACACUCCGCCUUGCUGCUACUGGUGUGGGAGGGCAGGCACACUCCGCCUUGCUGCUACUGGUGUGGGAGGGCAGGCACACUCCGCCUUGCUGCUACUGGUGUGGGAGGGCAGGCACACUCCGCCUUGCUGCUACUGGUGUGGGAGGGCAGGCACACUCCGCCUUGCUGCUACUGGUGUGGGAGGGCAGGCACACUCCGCCUUGCUGCUACUGGUGUGGGAGGGCAGGCACACUCCGCCUUGCUGCUACUGGUGUGGGAGGGCAGGCACACUCCGCCUUGCUGCUACUGGUGUGGGAGGGCAGGCACACUCCGCCUUGCUGCUACUGGUGUGGGAGGGCAGGCACACUCCGCCUUGCUGCUACUGGUGUGGGAGGGCAGGCACACUCCGCCUUGCUGCUACUGGUGUGGGAGGGCAGGCACACUCCGCCUUGCUGCUACUGGUGUGGGAGGGCAGGCACACUCCGCCUUGCUGCUACUGGUGUGGGAGGGCAGGCACACUCCGCCUUGCUGCUACUGGUGUGGGAGGGCAGGCACACUCCGCCUUGCUGCUACUGGUGUGGGAGGGCAGGCACACUCCGCCUUGCUGCUACUGGUGUGGGAGGGCAGGCACACUCCGCCUUGCUGCUACUGGUGUGGGAGGGCAGGCACACUCCGCCUUGCUGCUACUGGUGUGGGAGGGCAGGCACACUCCGCCUUGCUGCUACUGGUGUGGGAGGGCAGGCACACUCCGCCUUGCUGCUACUGGUGUGGGAGGGCAGGCACACUCCGCCUUGCUGCUACUGGUGUGGGAGGGCAGGCACACUCCGCCUUGCUGCUACUGGUGUGGGAGGGCAGGCACACUCCGCCUUGCUGCUACUGGUGUGGGAGGGCAGGCACACUCCGCCUUGCUGCUACUGGUGUGGGAGGGCAGGCACACUCCGCCUUGCUGCUACUGGUGUGGGAGGGCAGGCACACUCCGCCUUGCUGCUACUGGUGUGGGAGGGCAGGCACACUCCGCCUUGCUGCUACUGGUGUGGGAGGGCAGGCACACUCCGCCUUGCUGCUACUGGUGUGGGAGGGCAGGCACACUCCGCCUUGCUGCUACUGGUGUGGGAGGGCAGGCACACUCCGCCUUGCUGCUACUGGUGUGGGAGGGCAGGCACACUCCGCCUUGCUGCUACUGGUGUGGGAGGGCAGGCACACUCCGCCUUGCUGCUACUGGUGUGGGAGGGCAGGCACACUCCGCCUUGCUGCUACUGGUGUGGGAGGGCAGGCACACUCCGCCUUGCUGCUACUGGUGUGGGAGGGCAGGCACACUCCGCCUUGCUGCUACUGGUGUGGGAGGGCAGGCACACUCCGCCUUGCUGCUACUGGUGUGGGAGGGCAGGCACACUCCGCCUUGCUGCUACUGGUGUGGGAGGGCAGGCACACUCCGCCUUGCUGCUACUGGUGUGGGAGGGCAGGCACACUCCGCCUUGCUGCUACUGGUGUGGGAGGGCAGGCACACUCCGCCUUGCUGCUACUGGUGUGGGAGGGCAGGCACACUCCGCCUUGCUGCUACUGGUGUGGGAGGGCAGGCACACUCCGCCUUGCUGCUACUGGUGUGGGAGGGCAGGCACACUCCGCCUUGCUGCUACUGGUGUGGGAGGGCAGGCACACUCCGCCUUGCUGCUACUGGUGUGGGAGGGCAGGCACACUCCGCCUUGCUGCUACUGGUGUGGGAGGGCAGGCACACUCCGCCUUGCUGCUACUGGUGUGGGAGGGCAGGCACACUCCGCCUUGCUGCUACUGGUGUGGGAGGGCAGGCACACUCCGCCUUGCUGCUACUGGUGUGGGAGGGCAGGCACACUCCGCCUUGCUGCUACUGGUGUGGGAGGGCAGGCACACUCCGCCUUGCUGCUACUGGUGUGGGAGGGCAGGCACACUCCGCCUUGCUGCUACUGGUGUGGGAGGGCAGGCACACUCCGCCUUGCUGCUACUGGUGUGGGAGGGCAGGCACACUCCGCCUUGCUGCUACUGGUGUGGGAGGGCAGGCACACUCCGCCUUGCUGCUACUGGUGUGGGAGGGCAGGCACACUCCGCCUUGCUGCUACUGGUGUGGGAGGGCAGGCACACUCCGCCUUGCUGCUACUGGUGUGGGAGGGCAGGCACACUCCGCCUUGCUGCUACUGGUGUGGGAGGGCAGGCACACUCCGCCUUGCUGCUACUGGUGUGGGAGGGCAGGCACACUCCGCCUUGCUGCUACUGGUGUGGGAGGGCAGGCACACUCCGCCUUGCUGCUACUGGUGUGGGAGGGCAGGCACACUCCGCCUUGCUGCUACUGGUGUGGGAGGGCAGGCACACUCCGCCUUGCUGCUACUGGUGUGGGAGGGCAGGCACACUCCGCCUUGCUGCUACUGGUGUGGGAGGGCAGGCACACUCCGCCUUGCUGCUACUGGUGUGGGAGGGCAGGCACACUCCGCCUUGCUGCUACUGGUGUGGGAGGGCAGGCACACUCCGCCUUGCUGCUACUGGUGUGGGAGGGCAGGCACACUCCGCCUUGCUGCUACUGGUGUGGGAGGGCAGGCACACUCCGCCUUGCUGCUACUGGUGUGGGAGGGCAGGCACACUCCGCCUUGCUGCUACUGGUGUGGGAGGGCAGGCACACUCCGCCUUGCUGCUACUGGUGUGGGAGGGCAGGCACACUCCGCCUUGCUGCUACUGGUGUGGGAGGGCAGGCACACUCCGCCUUGCUGCUACUGGUGUGGGAGGGCAGGCACACUCCGCCUUGCUGCUACUGGUGUGGGAGGGCAGGCACACUCCGCCUUGCUGCUACUGGUGUGGGAGGGCAGGCACACUCCGCCUUGCUGCUACUGGUGUGGGAGGGCAGGCACACUCCGCCUUGCUGCUACUGGUGUGGGAGGGCAGGCACACUCCGCCUUGCUGCUACUGGUGUGGGAGGGCAGGCACACUCCGCCUUGCUGCUACUGGUGUGGGAGGGCAGGCACACUCCGCCUUGCUGCUACUGGUGUGGGAGGGCAGGCACACUCCGCCUUGCUGCUACUGGUGUGGGAGGGCAGGCACACUCCGCCUUGCUGCUACUGGUGUGGGAGGGCAGGCACACUCCGCCUUGCUGCUACUGGUGUGGGAGGGCAGGCACACUCCGCCUUGCUGCUACUGGUGUGGGAGGGCAGGCACACUCCGCCUUGCUGCUACUGGUGUGGGAGGGCAGGCACACUCCGCCUUGCUGCUACUGGUGUGGGAGGGCAGGCACACUCCGCCUUGCUGCUACUGGUGUGGGAGGGCAGGCACACUCCGCCUUGCUGCUACUGGUGUGGGAGGGCAGGCACACUCCGCCUUGCUGCUACUGGUGUGGGAGGGCAGGCACACUCCGCCUUGCUGCUACUGGUGUGGGAGGGCAGGCACACUCCGCCUUGCUGCUACUGGUGUGGGAGGGCAGGCACACUCCGCCUUGCUGCUACUGGUGUGGGAGGGCAGGCACACUCCGCCUUGCUGCUACUGGUGUGGGAGGGCAGGCACACUCCGCCUUGCCGCUACUGGUGUGGGAGGGCAGGCACACUCCGCCUUGCUGCUACUGGUGUGGGAGGGCAGGCACACUCCGCCUUGCUGCUACUGGUGUGGGAGGGCAGGCACACUCCGCCUUGCCGCUACUGGUGUGGGAGGGCAGGCACACUCCGCCUUGCCGCUACUGGUGUGGGAGGGCAGGCACACUCCGCCUUGCCGCUACUGGUGUGGGAGGGCAGGCACACUCCGCCUUGCUGCUACUGGUGUGGGAGGGCAGGCACACUCCGCCUUGCAGCUACUGGUGUGGGAGGGCAGGCACACUCCGCCUUGCUGCUACUGGUGUGGGAGGGCAGGCACACUCCGCCUUGCUGCUACUGGUGUGGGAGGGCAGGCACACUCCGCCUUGCUGCUACUGGUGUGGGAGGGCAGGCACACUCCGCCUUGCUGCUACUGGUGUGGGAGGGCAGGCACACUCCGCCUUGCUGCUACUGGUGUGGGAGGGCAGGCACACUCCGCCUUGCUGCUACUGGUGUGGGAGGGCAGGCACACUCCGCCUUGCUGCUACUGGUGUGGGAGGGCAGGCACACUCCGCCUUGCUGCUACUGGUGUGGGAGGGCAGGCACACUCCGCCUUGCUGCUACUGGUGUGGGAGGGCAGGCACACUCCGCCUUGCUGCUACUGGUGUGGGAGGGCAGGCACACUCCGCCUUGCUGCUACUGGUGUGGGAGGGCAGGCACACUCCGCCUUGCUGCUACUGGUGUGGGAGGGCAGGCACACUCCGCCUUGCUGCUACUGGUGUGGGAGGGCAGGCACACUCCGCCUUGCUGCUACUGGUGUGGGAGGGCAGGCACACUCCGCCUUGCUGCUACUGGUGUGGGAGGGCAGGCACACUCCGCCUUGCUGCUACUGGUGUGGGAGGGCAGGCACACUCCGCCUUGCUGCUACUGGUGUGGGAGGGCAGGCACACUCCGCCUUGCUGCUACUGGUGUGGGAGGGCAGGCACACUCCGCCUUGCUGCUACUGGUGUGGGAGGGCAGGCACACUCCGCCUUGCUGCUACUGGUGUGGGAGGGCAGGCACACUCCGCCUUGCUGCUACUGGUGUGGGAGGGCAGGCACACUCCGCCUUGCUGCUACUGGUGUGGGAGGGCAGGCACACUCCGCCUUGCUGCUACUGGUGUGGGAGGGCAGGCACACUCCGCCUUGCUGCUACUGGUGUGGGAGGGCAGGCACACUCCGCCUUGCUGCUACUGGUGUGGGAGGGCAGGCACACUCCGCCUUGCUGCUACUGGUGUGGGAGGGCAGGCACACUCCGCCUUGCCGCUACUGGUGUGGGAGGGCAGGCACACUCCGCCUUGCCUGCUACUGGUGUGGGAGGGCAGGCACACUCCGCCUUGCUGCUACUGGUGUGGGAGGGCAGGCACACUCCGCCUUGCUGCUACUGGUGUGGGAGGGCAGGCACACUCCGCCUUGCUGCUACUGGUGUGGGAGGGCAGGCACACUCCGCCUUGCUGCUACUGGUGUGGGAGGGCAGGCACACUCCGCCUUGCUGCUACUGGUGUGGGAGGGCAGGCACACUCCGCCUUGCUGCUACUGGUGUGGGAGGGCAGGCACACUCCGCCUUGCUGCUACUGGUGUGGGAGGGCAGGCACACUCCGCCUUGCUGCUACUGGUGUGGGAGGGCAGGCACACUCCGCCUUGCUGCUACUGGUGUGGGAGGGCAGGCACACUCCGCCUUGCUGCUACUGGUGUGGGAGGGCAGGCACACUCCGCCUUGCUGCUACUGGUGUGGGAGGGCAGGCACACUCCGCCUUGCUGCUACUGGUGUGGGAGGGCAGGCACACUCCGCCUUGCUGCUACUGGUGUGGGAGGGCAGGCACACUCCGCCUUGCUGCUACUGGUGUGGGAGGGCAGGCACACUCCGCCUUGCUGCUACUGGUGUGGGAGGGCAGGCACACUCCGCCUUGCUGCUACUGGUGUGGGAGGGCAGGCACACUCCGCCUUGCUGCUACUGGUGUGGGAGGGCAGGCACACUCCGCCUUGCUGCUACUGGUGUGGGAGGGCAGGCACACUCCGCCUUGCUGCUACUGGUGUGGGAGGGCAGGCACACUCCGCCUUGCUGCUACUGGUGUGGGAGGGCAGGCACACUCCGCCUUGCUGCUACUGGUGUGGGAGGGCAGGCACACUCCGCCUUGCUGCUACUGGUGUGGGAGGGCAGGCACACUCCGCCUUGCUGCUACUGGUGUGGGAGGGCAGGCACACUCCGCCUUGCUGCUACUGGUGUGGGAGGGCAGGCACACUCCGCCUUGCUGCUACUGGUGUGGGAGGGCAGGCACACUCCGCCUUGCUGCUACUGGUGUGGGAGGGCAGGCACACUCCGCCUUGCUGCUACUGGUGUGGGAGGGCAGGCACACUCCGCCUUGCUGCUACUGGUGUGGGAGGGCAGGCACACUCCGCCUUGCUGCUACUGGUGUGGGAGGGCAGGCACACUCCGCCUUGCUGCUACUGGUGUGGGAGGGCAGGCACACUCCGCCUUGCCGCUACUGGUGUGGGAGGGCAGGCACACUCCGCCUUGCCGCUACUGGUGUGGGAGGGCAGGCACACUCCGCCUUGCCGCUACUGGUGUGGGAGGGCAGGCACACUCCGCCUUGCUGCUACUGGUGUGGGAGGGCAGGCACACUCCGCCUUGCAGCUACUGGUGUGGGAGGGCAGGCACACUCCGCCUUGCUGCUACUGGUGUGGGAGGGCAGGCACACUCCGCCUUGCAGCUACUGGUGUGGGAGGGCAGGCACACUCCGCCUUGCUGCUACUGGUGUGGGAGGGCAGGCACACUCCGCCUUGCUGCUACUGGUGUGGGAGGGCAGGCACACUCCGCCUUGCUGCUACUGGUGUGGGAGGGCAGGCACACUCCGCCUUGCUGCUACUGGUGUGGGAGGGCAGGCACACUCCGCCUUGCUGCUACUGGUGUGGGAGGGCAGGCACACUCCGCCUUGCUGCUACUGGUGUGGGAGGGCAGGCACACUCCGCCUUGCUGCUACUGGUGUGGGAGGGCAGGCACACUCCGCCUUGCUGCUACUGGUGUGGGAGGGCAGGCACACUCCGCCUUGCUGCUACUGGUGUGGGAGGGCAGGCACACUCCGCCUUGCUGCUACUGGUGUGGGAGGGCAGGCACACUCCGCCUUGCUGCUACUGGUGUGGGAGGGCAGGCACACUCCGCCUUGCUGCUACUGGUGUGGGAGGGCAGGCACACUCCGCCUUGCUGCUACUGGUGUGGGAGGGCAGGCACACUCCGCCUUGCUGCUACUGGUGUGGGAGGGCAGGCACACUCCGCCUUGCUGCUACUGGUGUGGGAGGGCAGGCACACUCCGCCUUGCUGCUACUGGUGUGGGAGGGCAGGCACACUCCGCCUUGCUGCUACUGGUGUGGGAGGGCAGGCACACUCCGCCUUGCUGCUACUGGUGUGGGAGGGCAGGCACACUCCGCCUUGCUGCUACUGGUGUGGGAGGGCAGGCACACUCCGCCUUGCUGCUACUGGUGUGGGAGGGCAGGCACACUCCGCCUUGCUGCUACUGGUGUGGGAGGGCAGGCACACUCCGCCUUGCUGCUACUGGUGUGGGAGGGCAGGCACACUCCGCCUUGCUGCUACUGGUGUGGGAGGGCAGGCACACUCCGCCUUGCUGCUACUGGUGUGGGAGGGCAGGCACACUCCGCCUUGCUGCUACUGGUGUGGGAGGGCAGGCACACUCCGCCUUGCUGCUACUGGUGUGGGAGGGCAGGCACACUCCGCCUUGCUGCUACUGGUGUGGGAGGGCAGGCACACUCCGCCUUGCUGCUACUGGUGUGGGAGGGCAGGCACACUCCGCCUUGCUGCUACUGGUGUGGGAGGGCAGGCACACUCCGCCUUGCUGCUACUGGUGUGGGAGGGCAGGCACACUCCGCCUUGCUGCUACUGGUGUGGGAGGGCAGGCACACUCCGCCUUGCUGCUACUGGUGUGGGAGGGCAGGCACACUCCGCCUUGCUGCUACUGGUGUGGGAGGGCAGGCACACUCCGCCUUGCUGCUACUGGUGUGGGAGGGCAGGCACACUCCGCCUUGCUGCUACUGGUGUGGGAGGGCAGGCACACUCCGCCUUGCUGCUACUGGUGUGGGAGGGCAGGCACACUCCGCCUUGCUGCUACUGGUGUGGGAGGGCAGGCACACUCCGCCUUGCUGCUACUGGUGUGGGAGGGCAGGCACACUCCGCCUUGCUGCUACUGGUGUGGGAGGGCAGGCACACUCCGCCUUGCUGCUACUGGUGUGGGAGGGCAGGCACACUCCGCCUUGCUGCUACUGGUGUGGGAGGGCAGGCACACUCCGCCUUGCUGCUACUGGUGUGGGAGGGCAGGCACACUCCGCCUUGCUGCUACUGGUGUGGGAGGGCAGGCACACUCCGCCUUGCUGCUACUGGUGUGGGAGGGCAGGCACACUCCGCCUUGCUGCUACUGGUGUGGGAGGGCAGGCACACUCCGCCUUGCUGCUACUGGUGUGGGAGGGCAGGCACACUCCGCCUUGCUGCUACUGGUGUGGGAGGGCAGGCACACUCCGCCUUGCUGCUACUGGUGUGGGAGGGCAGGCACACUCCGCCUUGCUGCUACUGGUGUGGGAGGGCAGGCACACUCCGCCUUGCUGCUACUGGUGUGGGAGGGCAGGCACACUCCGCCUUGCUGCUACUGGUGUGGGAGGGCAGGCACACUCCGCCUUGCUGCUACUGGUGUGGGAGGGCAGGCACACUCCGCCUUGCUGCUACUGGUGUGGGAGGGCAGGCACACUCCGCCUUGCUGCUACUGGUGUGGGAGGGCAGGCACACUCCGCCUUGCUGCUACUGGUGUGGGAGGGCAGGCACACUCCGCCUUGCUGCUACUGGUGUGGGAGGGCAGGCACACUCCGCCUUGCUGCUACUGGUGUGGGAGGGCAGGCACACUCCGCCUUGCUGCUACUGGUGUGGGAGGGCAGGCACACUCCGCCUUGCUGCUACUGGUGUGGGAGGGCAGGCACACUCCGCCUUGCUGCUACUGGUGUGGGAGGGCAGGCACACUCCGCCUUGCUGCUACUGGUGUGGGAGGGCAGGCACACUCCGCCUUGCUGCUACUGGUGUGGGAGGGCAGGCACACUCCGCCUUGCUGCUACUGGUGUGGGAGGGCAGGCACACUCCGCCUUGCUGCUACUGGUGUGGGAGGGCAGGCACACUCCGCCUUGCUGCUACUGGUGUGGGAGGGCAGGCACACUCCGCCUUGCUGCUACUGGUGUGGGAGGGCAGGCACACUCCGCCUUGCUGCUACUGGUGUGGGAGGGCAGGCACACUCCGCCUUGCUGCUACUGGUGUGGGAGGGCAGGCACACUCCGCCUUGCUGCUACUGGUGUGGGAGGGCAGGCACACUCCGCCUUGCUGCUACUGGUGUGGGAGGGCAGGCACACUCCGCCUUGCUGCUACUGGUGUGGGAGGGCAGGCACACUCCGCCUUGCUGCUACUGGUGUGGGAGGGCAGGCACACUCCGCCUUGCUGCUACUGGUGUGGGAGGGCAGGCACACUCCGCCAGAGCGCUUCCUGACGAGCACUCACGAGCACAAGAGCCUGUGGAAGCAGAUGGCUGGGACGGGUGGGAUGAGGUGUGA